CUCGAGUGAGCUUCACAUUGUGACAAUUUAGUUUUAUGAAUAAAUGCCUAUCAAUGAAUUUCGAGCGCUUCUUUCUGACGGUAUCAGUAGUUUGGGGUCUGAAGAUUCUUCAGGCAACUCAGAAAAAAGUUUACCUCGAGUAAUUAAACCCCGAAAACGACGUAAAAAAGAUCGUAAAAAUGCUCAACAACAACAUCAACUUUUUUUGUUACAAAACCAACAACAAUCAUCAUCAUCAUCAUUACAUCAGAAACAUCAACAGUGUCCUCAAAUUCAGUCUCAACAACAAUACCAAUCUCCUAAUGGAUUAACUAGUUCCAUUGAAUCAUUAAGUGUUAAUUAUCUCGGAUCAGCUGUAUAUUCAUCAAAUUAUCAACAUAACCAAAAUCAUUAUCAUUUGGUGCCUUCUGGUCAAUUCUGUUCAGGACGUGACACAAUGCAUUAUUUUCCGUUCAUGUUGACCUACGGUCAGACAGGUUAUCAUCACCAUCCAUUUGCAGGCUCAACUCAUCCUCAUCAUCCUGCUUCUGCUUCUUCUGCCCCAUCAACACCACUAACCGCUAAUUCAACAACAAAACCCUCUUUAUCUUCAUCCUCUUUACCAUCAUCAUCUUCAUCUGUAACAUCAUCACCAGGUUACAAUCUUCAUCAUGCAAACCAUUCAAGCUCAAUUAACGGAAGUCAAAAGUUAAGCAAUUACGGAUUAAACUAUUCUACUGAUCUCAUUUUGGCUCCCGGUUGUGGGUAUGGUCUAGAAGGGUCAACUGGCCACUGCAAAGGGGGUGGUGGUGGUAUUGCGACUACAAAGAAAAACUGUGAUAACAUUUUCUACAUCAAUAAUAGUCCAUCUUCAUCUCCUUGUUCACCUUUGCCGAGUAAAGGAGCUCAUUACCACCAACAAGCCCACCUUCAUCUUCACCAACAACAUCCUACGAAUAUCAUAUCAACUCCAACGGGAACACCAUCGACUCGUCAUAAUCUACAAUCAGAAUGUCCGUGUCUCGAUUGUCUUUCACCUACUUUAAACUCAUCACGUUCAUCCUCUUCCGCCUUUCUUACACCUCCAAUGUCUCCAUUAGUUGAAGUUAAUAGUUUCUUUCAUCUUCUCCAUCACCACCAACAACAACAACAACAACAGCAACAACAACAAAAGCAACAACAUCCACCCCAGGCUAUCUCCUACCAGAACAAUGAAACACCCGAACUGCAACAUCGCUGUUCAUCUGAUGGUUCACUCAAAUUAUCUGAACCACAUAAUCCUGAACUUGAAUUCAGCACAAGAAUAGUAACUAAUCCAAGCGGUGGCCGAGACUUGGAGAUUAAAUUUCUUAAUCUUUCCGGUAGUCGACAAUUAUCUUGGCCUGACAAUUCACCUCCAGUUCAACAUCCACUCUCUCCAGUCACAAAUUAUCCUUCAUAUUUAAAUCACCAACAAGAAUCAAACUCAGGGUUUUCUAUAAACAGUUACGAACUCAAUCACACUCGUCCACCACAAAGACCAUGGAUAAGUUUAGGAACUCCAGAUAGAAGUCGAACCACCUCGAUCUUUACUGUUAUGUGUUAUAAUGUUCUAUGUGACAAAUAUGCCACUAGACAAAUGUACGGAUAUUGUCCCAAAUGGGCGAUGAAAUGGGAGUACCGUCGUGGUAGUAUUCUCAACGAAAUAAGAACCUACACCGCUGAUAUAAUAUCUCUCCAAGAAUUGGAGACAGAACAAUUCUACAACUACUUCUUACCUGAAUUGAAACGUGAUGGAUAUGAUGGUAUUUUCUCACCCAAAUCUCGAGCGAAAACAAUGUCCGAAAAUGAAAGGAAACACGUCGAUGGAUGCGCCAUUUUCUACCGUACCAAUAAAUUUACUUUAAUUAAGGAGCAUCUUGUUGAAUUCAAUCAACUGGCCAUGGCCAAUGCUGAGGGUUCCGAUGACAUGUUAAAUCGUGUGAUGACAAAAGACAAUAUUGGCUUAGCUGCGCUCCUUCAAACCAAGGAGGGCGCAUUUGAACCAGGCCUAUUUCCAGAUCCAACUCAAGCACAACAUCCAAUCCUUGUCUGCACAGCUCAUAUCCAUUGGGAUCCCGAAUAUUGUGAUGUUAAAUUGAUUCAGACAAUGAUGCUUAUGGCCGAGCUUCGACAAAUCGUCGAGGAUUCAGCGAUCGCUUUUAGACCUGGUGCAUCUAAACCGGAUGCUAACAAUGUUCCCUUAAUUUUAUGUGGUGAUUUAAAUUCUCUACCCAAUUCCGGUGUUAUUGAGUAUCUAUCAAAUGGUCGUAUCUCAGCGGAUCAUGCUGAUUUUAAAGAAUUGGGCUACAAGGAUAGUCUCAAAAAGUUAGGAAGUAGUAACUCGACCGUCGAUAAUAAAACCGAGUAUCUCCACCCGUUCAAAAUAAGCCGGGCCUAUCAAGACGACGUAAUGCCCUACACCAAUUACACGUUCGAUUUCAAAGGUGUUAUCGACUAUAUUUUUUAUAGUAAACAACAUAUGUCAGUUCUUGGACUUCUUGGACCUUUGGAUGUCGAAUGGUUCAAAGAGAAUAAAGUUGUCGGUUGUCCCCAUCCUCAUGUACCUUCGGACCAUUUCCCGUUGAUCGUUGAAUUCGAACUGACACCACCUUCUUCAAAUCACAUCCAACAUUCGAAUGGAAUUCUACUGAGAAGAUAAUCUUUCUUGAGAGGAGUGAAUAUUUUUAAUCAAGAGUAUCUUCUACACACAAACAACACAACAUCACCAUUUUCUCAACACACACACACACAAAAAAAGCUUCUACAAAUUCAACGAAAACACAAAAACAAAACAUCCUAUUUCCCUCUCUCAUCAUUAUCAUCCUCAUUGUUUUUGUUUCUCUUUUUCUGCUCUUUUCCUCAUUUUUCGCCUCCUCUUUCCUCCUCUUCCACCCACUCUUUCCUCUUCUAUAAUUGCCUAUCUUUAAUCCUAAUAUAAUCCUUUAUCUCUCUCUCUCUCUCUCUCUCUCUCUCUCUCUCUCUCUCUCUCUCAAUGGGCUCUUUUUAAGUCCAAGUUAUUAAAAAAAUCAAACAAACAAAAAUACAAUUGAGUUUAUCCCUAGAAAA